AUGGCAAACAAGUACUGUCUAGAAAAGUGCAUAGGGAGAGGCAACUUUGGAGAUGUCUAUAAGGCUGCAUGCAAACGCUCGGGCAAGGUUGUUGCCGUUAAAGUGGUCAACCUUGAUGAAUCGUUGGAAGAUAUGUUCUUCAUGGUGCAAGAGAUUCAAUUUUUGUCAUUGAUGCGUUCACCUUAUAUUGUGCAAUACUUGGAAUCGUUUGUAGAAAACUCCAAUAUGUGGAUUAUCAUGGAGUAUUGUGGCGGCGGUUCUGUCGCCGAUGUGUUGAGGUAUUGCAAAAAAUUUGAUGAGAACAUUGCUGCGUAUAUCAUCAAAUAUGUCCUUCUUGGCCUCAGUUACCUCCACAAGCAAAAGACCGUACACAGAGAUGUCAAGCUGGCCAAUGUAUUGGUGACAACUGACGGGACGAUCAAGUUGGCUGAUUUUGGAGUCAGUGGAGAAAUGUCGUUUACCACCAACAAAAGAAGCACUUUUGUGGGAACCCCGUACUGGAUGGCACCAGAAGUGAUUGUGCAUUCGAAGCUGGGCUACAACGAAAAGGCAGAUAUCUGGUCUACCGGCAUCACCACCAUUGAACUUAUCAAGGGUGAUCCCCCUUUAGCCGAUUACGAUCCCAUGAAGAUUUUAUUCAAAAUACCAAAACAGGAACCUCCGUUAUUGACGGGUGAUAAGUAUAGCGAUGAGCUCAAGGGUUUCUUGGAGAAAUGUCUAGUGAAGAAUCCACGCAAGCGGUCCAGUAGCACUGAAUUAUUGGACCAUCCAUUUAUUGGUAUUGCUGCGGAACAGCAGGAUUUUUGCAAACUUCUCCGAAGACGACGCACCAGUUUCUUGGAUAAAUACAGAAGGCGGCCCCGAAACCCCAUUAAAAGUGAUACUGGAGCUGGGCCCUUGAUCAAUUGGGACUUUCUGUCCGAUGGUAUUCACGCCAAUGCAUUGAGCGAUGCUCGUCUGUCGCCUGAAGGCAGCGGAGGGCUUCUGUCCCAGAACACCCCCGAGACAGCAGCAACUACUCCCGCAUCUGGUCGGUUGGUAGUUUUGGAUAAUUAUGGUGAUUUGGUACAUCUUUGUCUUGAAAGAGUCAAGGCACGGGCAAGCCUGAUCACUAUUGGCCAGUCGUUGGACCCAUUAGAAACGCUAAUCAAGGAGAUCGAAGACAAGCACCCUGGAUUCUGUCGGGCUAUGGUGAUGGAAAUUGUCCAUGUGUACUCCAAGGUGCAUCAUCGUAAGAGUGAAUAG